GAUAUGGGAAAAGCGCUUCAUUCUCCUAUUCAAAUUAGGCAUAAAAGAAGAACUAAAUCCUCUGCCUAUAAAUGCAUUACUCAAUGACAAAGUGCGCAAUGCCGACAAAUUAAAAAAGCAAUGGCGUACGAGUACCUAAUGAAGUUCAUAAUAGUGGGCGAAACCGGAGUAGGAAAAACCUGCCUUCUAAACCAGUUCACAGAAAAGCGGUUCAAUCCGGUUUACGACGUCACAAUCGGAGCCGAAUACGGAUCCAGAAUAAUCACCGUCGAUAAAAAGCUAAUAAAGCUGCAAAUAUGGGACACAGCAGGACAGGAGAAGUUCCGGUCGAUCACGAAAUCCUAUUACAGAGGCGCUGCGGGGGCUUUGCUAGUUUACGAUGUGACUAAAAUGCACACUUUCGAGCGGCUCUCGAAUUGGCUGGAGGAUGUACGACAACAUGGCGAUCCGAAAUUGAUGACAGUAACGGUGGUAGGAAGUAAGUGUGACGUUGGAGAAGAUAUUAGGGCUGUUAGUGCUGAGGAAGGCGAGGGAUUCGCGAAGAGUAACGGAUGUUUGUUCAUUGAAGCUUCGGCUGAAACGGCGGUGAAUGUGGAGGCGGAGUUUGAAAUCACGGUGGAGAGAAUAUAUGGGAAGAUAGAAAACGGCGAUUUUGAGGAUAGAUUACCGGGAAUUAGGAUCGGAAGUGGGACUCCCACGACGAGUGGUAAGAAUGACGAUGGAGCUGCUGCUUCUAAAAGACUCAACUGUUCAUGUUUGAUGCCGUUGCAAAGAAGAUCGGCAGGCGCAUCCCAACGGCCUACAUAUGAUGAAUCCAGGUUCCAAUCAGAACUAGUGGAGGACGACUUUCAUGCCAAGGUUACGAAGAACUUCAUCCAUAAGAUCUCGCUUGACCGGGCAGCCCUCCGCGUAGAAAAGGCAGAAAUGUAUGAAGAAAUUCGAAGGAGGGAAAUGGAAUUCUUAUUUGAUGACCCUGCCCCGGGGGUGAUUGUGCGAGGCAAGGUGGUCAGCGCCACAAUUCCCAUGAUUCGCCAGGUGUUGCGGCUGCCUCAAUUCACUAGUGACAUUGACUACUACCACGACAGGCCAGGGGUCACAUGGGAGGUCAUGACUGAUAUACUCUGUGCAGAGGGGCGGCCAACAUGGAUACAUGACCAAAUCACCCUGAACUCCAACUCAUUCACACACUUGGCUAAGUGUUGGUUAACUGUCAUUUGCAGCCGGUUCCUGCCCUCAAGCAACACAACUGACGUGAACUUCCAGCGUGCACUGUUGACAUAG